CAAGUGCUGCUGGAGGCCAAGGCUGCUGCCCUGUCCAGCUCUCGGAAGCCAGGAGAGGAUCUGCCAGCUGCACCAGGAGCCUCCAAUGAUGCUGGUAAGGACAGAAGUGAAGAGCAGCCAGCUCAGCCAGCUGAGAGUAGGGACUUUGACCAUGAAGAGUGGGAAGUUCUUUCUGAGCACCUGGCUUGGGGGGAGGAUGGCAGCGUGGAAGACUCUGAUGGCAAGGAAUGGGAACAAGGAGACUGCCCUGAUGGGGACUUGAAAGCAAAGAGAGUUGCAGCUGUGCCCCCGAUGUUUCAAAAUAUUCACGUGACUUUCCGCGUACACUACAUCACACGCUCUGAUGCUCAGCUGAUUGGUGUUACAGGUGACCACGAGUGUCUUGGCCAGUGGCACAGCUAUGUUCCCCUCAAGUACGACAAGGAUGGCUUCUGGUCUGAAUCCGUUGUUAUGCCAGUAGACACCAAAGUAGAGUGGAAAUUUAUCUUGGUGGAGAACGGGAAGGUCAGACGUUGGGAAGAAUGCGGUAAUAGGACCCUAGUGACUGAACAUGAAGAUCAAAUUGUUCAUCAGUGGUGGGGAUACCAUUAA